AUGGCUGCUGGGAUUUUCUCCCUUCCUAUAAACUUACCAGGGACUUCAUUUUAUCGUGGAAUCAAAGCCGCACAUUCUAUAAGAAAGAAAUUAUUGGGAAUUAUAAGGCAAAGAAAAAUGGAUCUCGUGGAAAAGAAAUCAUGUCAUGCUGAUGAUCUUUCAUCAUAUCUGCUAACCGUGCCAGAUGAUGGAGGCAAAUUCAUGUCUGAGCUGGAAACUGCUGAUAAAAUAUGGGGCUCGAUUAUCGGUAGCCAAGACUCAACUACCACAGCCAUCACUUUUGUUAUGAAAUAUCUUGCUGAAUUUCCCGAUAUCUAUGAUGAAGUCCUAAAAGAAACAAAGGAGCAUUGCAGAAAAGAAAAUUCCUGGGGAGCCGCUAAAUUGGAAAGACCUACAGAACAUGAAAUAUAUUGGACCCCCAAUACAACGCACAAGAACCCAGAGUAUUUCCCUCAACCAGAAAAGUUUGAUCCCUCCAGGUCUGAAGGAACUGGAUCAAUACCUUAUGCAUAUGUCCCUUUUGGCAGAGGACCUCGGAUAUGUCCCGGAAAAGAUAUUGCUCGAUUGGUUAUACUGGUCUUUAUUUACAAUGUGGUGGGGAAGUUUAGAUGGGAAAAACUCAUUCCUGAUGAGAAUACGGUGGUGGUACCUGUCCCUUUGCCUGCGAAAGGACUUCCCAUUCGCCUCUAUCCCCAUUGA